CAAUAUCAUCACUACUUGAGUCAUCUAUGCAAACGUACCAAAAGCAAGUCAAACAAUUACAGUCAGCUUCAUAUUCGGACUGAUAAUAGAGUACUUAUCCCAAUCAUCUUAACAUACCAGAAUCUUACAAUUCAAAAGAUUUCCCUAUCAUAUCAAAACAACUUAUUCCUUUUUUAUUCUUCGCUUACUAGUCUAUCGUAUUGUGGAACAGCUUUCCUUUCAACAGCUCUCCCUAUCAUAUCGAAUCAACUUAUUCCUUUUUUAUUCUUCCAUUACUAGUUUAUCGUAUUUUGGAACAUUUUUCAUUUUAAAGUCAAAUAAUCAAUCGAUUGCUCCCAAAUUUUUUUCAACACUCACCAAGAAGUUAUUCAGCCAAAUAGUGUCCUGAAAUACCUGAUUCUUCUAUGGUACUCACCAAUUCCUAUCAAAAUUGACUAUCAGAUUGAUUCGAAUCAUUGCUUCCAAAGUAGAAGUUAGCUUACUAGAAUCUUAUUUCGCUAGACAUCCCUUCUAGUCAAAGACCUUUUCUUCUUACAUCACUGAAAAUUCCCGCUUCUGCCAAAUCUCAUCUCAUCAUCCAGUCAAAUAUCACUUUUAACGUACUACUCUCGGUCAAAACCUUCAAGUCUGAUUCAUCCCUGAUUCAUCCAAUUGAAAAUUACUUAUAACGUACUAGUCCUAUUUCGUUCAAAAUCUUCAAGUUUUAUUUCGGUUAAAAUCUUUCAAGUCAAAUCACAGUCCUUUUCAACACAAACCCUUUUCCAAUAUAAUUAUCGACUCAUAUCCAAACUUCCGUGAUGCCUCCUCGCACUCGAAACAAACGAGCUUCAGCCGCUUCCAAGUCCUCUAAUCAACCCAACCAACCGGAAGAUUCGGCUCAAGGGACUAAUGAAUCAAACAAUUCAACUCGAGCUACUUUGUCCAAGAGAGCUCCUCAAGGUCCGCGCUCCACUAAACCACCUAAACGAGUUCGUAACAACACCAACACCAACCUUAACGAACCAUCUACCAACGAUACGUCUGUCGGUGCUGAAGACCUGGACAAUGAGUCUGAAAUCACUCCAACACUUGACAAUUAUAAGACCUUGAUAGAUUCAUGGCCUCCUGGCCGUAUUCGUGAACAUCUCGAAGAACAUAAGUCCUCGACUCGAAAUCGCCUGUCGUCUGAAAUUUCAGAUUGUGUCAAACUGGUCUACAAUCAAUUCAAGCAAGAGCUUCUUAUGCUCGCUAUGAUUGCGAAAGUGAGUGAAACCACCAUCAAGUCGUAUAUACCCGAGAUGUCGGCAACAAGAGCCAUCAGCCGCUAUACAAUCUUCCUUGAGUACUGUGUGGAUUGCUUGACCGAACCAAUGCCGCUGAGAGGUCAAGAUGAAAGUGGAGAUAUACUGGGUGACCGUAAUCGGAAGACCGGGGCAAAAUGGCGAGCGCUUUCAGAUGAUGAGAAAGCGGUCUUUGAACCCAUCAACUUUUACGCAUUGGCUGGCGUGCCUAACCCUUUGCUGGAUCCCGAAUGUGAAGAAGAGGCAGUGGAUGUUGAACAAGAAGAGCUCGAGCAUCACG